AUGAAGUACGAAGCUUGUCAAUCGGAGAAGGGUAACCUUGAUAACAACAUCAAGAUCUGCCAACGGGAGAAAGACGAACAGAGUAUUAAGUACAAGAAUGAUAUCGAGAGUCUCGAGAGAGAACUUAAUGAGUGUCGCAAGCCCUCCACCCCGUCGUUGACGUUGGCCACUGCAAACUGCCCUUCUUCAGACGAAAAACAAUUUCUGCAUGCAGGAAGGACCUGGGAGCUUCUCGGCCAGAAAUUGGCACUACAUACAAUCGAGGCGGCUGGCAACUCUCCUGGUCCAUUCGAUCAUCAUUCGCCCCUCGAUGCCUACGUGAAAGUCUAA